AUGGCUACGGAUUAUGGAAACGGCUCUGCCUCAGAUAAGGGCUUCCAUAGUGGUUCUGUCAAUGAGGCCAAAAAGAUCACAGUCGAUGAAAAGAUGGUAGCCGAACCAUUGGACGAGUACGGUAUGCCAGAUAAGCUAAAAGUGACAAAAUCACUAGUAAUUCGUAAAGCUGAGCUGAUGGCCAAACAGUACGAUACAUGGUUCUUAAAGUCAUUGUUCUUGUUCUCUGCCUUCCUCUGCUCUUUUGGUUAUGGGUUGGAUGGUAACAUCAGAGGCAUCUACAUGACUUAUGCGAUGAACUCUUACUCUACUCACUCCCUGAUAUCCACAGUUGGUGUUAUUAGUAUGGUGAUCUCUGCAGUCGCCCAGGUUAUCUACGCAGGAUUGUCGGAUGUCUUUGGUAGACUGUCGCUAUUCAUCGUGUCCAUUGUUUUCUAUGUCGUUGGUACAAUUAUCCAAUCGCAAGCCUACGAUGUCCAAAGGUAUGCUGCAGGUUCCGUUUUUUACAGUGUGGGUCUCGUUGGUGUUAUGUUGCAAGUGAUUUUAGUACUUUCUGAUAAUUCAUCAUUGAAGUGGAGACUCUUUUAUACCUUUGUACCAGCUUGGCCAUCGAUUAUCACGACUUGGGUCUCUGGUAAUGUCAUCGAAACUGCAAAUCCCGAGGAUAAUUGGUCAUGGAAUAUUGCAAUGUGGGCUUUUAUCUUCCCAUUGAGUUGCAUUCCACUAAUCGCUUGUAUGCUGCACAUGAGAUGGAAGGUAAGAAAUGAACCAGAGUGGAAAGAAUUGCAAACUGAAAAAACUUAUUAUCAGAGUCAUGGACUAAUACAAACUGUGGUUCAAUUGUUUUGGAAGUUAGAUGUUGUGGGUAUUAUACUCCUAACUGUGGGUACAGGGUGCAUUCUUGUCCCAUUGACUCUUGCGGGAGGUGUCUCUACACAAUGGCAAAGUGCAAAACUGAUUGCUCCUUUCGUUCUUGGCUUCGUCUUAAUUGCAAUUUUCAUCUAUUGGGAGAGCAAGUUAGCUUUGGCUCCAAUUGCGCCAUUCAAAAUGCUCAAAGAUCGUGGUAUCUGGGCGCCCUUAUGGAUUAUGUUUCUCAUCGCCUUUGUCUAUCAAAUGGCGGCUGGAUAUCUUUACACAAUACUGAUGGUCGCCGUAGAUGAGACUGAUCUUUCUGCAACAAGAAUAACGAGCUUGUACUCCUUCGUUUCCGCAAUCUUCGCUCCGGUACUAGGUUUUAUUGUUGCAAGGUCCAGCAGGCUAAAACCUUACAUGGUCCUUGGUUGCUCACUCUAUUUUGUUACUAUGGGCCUGUUCUACCGUUACAGGGUUGGCAAAGACGCCCAUCAAGGAGUUAUUGGUGCCAUGGUGGUCUGGGGUAUUUGCAGUUGUCUAUUCGACUAUCCCGUGACAGUUUCUAUCCAGUCUGUGACCUCGCACGAGAACAUGGCUACCGUCACAGCUUUAAGCUACACAAUUUUUAGCAUUGGUGGGGCCGUUGCCGCCUCGGUCUCUGGAGCCAUCUGGACUCAAUUGUUGUAUCCGAAGUUGCUAGAGUAUAUUGGGGAUGCUGACUUGGCCGAAGCCGCAUAUUCCUCACCAUUAACUUUCUAUCUUGACUAUCCAUGGGGUACUCCAAUUAGAGACGCAAUGGUUGAGGCAUAUAAGCAUGUCCAGAAAUAUGAGGUUUUGAUCGCACUUGUCUUCACGGCACCAAUGUUUAUAUUGACAUUCUGUCUCAGAGACCCUUCAUUGACUGAUGAUGUUGCUCAAAAAUUGAAUGAUGGAGAGUACGUGGAGACCAGUCAUGACGAUCCAAUCAGUGAGUGGGUUACCUCCCGCUUCUCCAAACUGAGACACAGAGAGUAG